AUGUCAAGGAAAACAGAAAGGGCAUACACUGCACUUUUCAAUAAAAUAUUGAGUGUAGUGCCAGAGUGGCAACCUCAAGUUAUAAUAGUUGACUUUGAAAGAGCAGCUAUAGCUGCUAUCAGAACUAUAUUUCCAUAUACCACUAUUAGAGGUUGCUGGUUUCAUUCCUCCCAAGCAGUAUGGAGAAAAGUUGCAAACAUAGGAUUGGUUGAAAUAUGUAGUAACAAUCGAGGAGCCAAUGACACUGUGCAUAUGUUGAUGGCACUGCCAUUGCUGCCCCAAAAUUGUAUAGCUGAAGGUUUUGAAACAGUAAAAGAAUAUUAUAUUGAGAAUGUGCAAUCAUUGAUUAGCAAUAACAAUGAUUACAAUUUUUCAUUACUGUUUGAAUACUAUCGAUCAACAUGGCUUGCAGGAAUUAAUGCAGAUAUAUUGUCAGUCAGUGACACUGUUUGGCGAACCAACAAUGUGUUGGAAGUAAGUCACCGACAUCUCCAGAUGCACUUGCAAAAUCGGCACAAUCCUGAUCCAUGGGUGUUUUUGAAGGGGCUCAUUACUUACUCAAAUGGUGUUUUGAGAGAUUAUGAUGAGGCUACUGAUGGUAGACAAGUAAGAGAACCUCAACGUCAAAUAUGGAUAGAUCAGCAAAGGAAUUUGGAUAGAUCUUUGAGGCUAUUUGCAGAAGGACGCUACUCAAUGGCAGAAUUUUUAAUAUGUGCUAGGCAUUCAACACCAACUUUUGGUGUAAUACGGCCUCAAAAUCAAGCCAUUGAUAUACUUCCUGCUGCUGUCUUUCCACGGGCUCCACUACCUAUUGAUCAACAUCAGGAACUGCAACAUCAAGCUAUUCCUGUGCUCCCUGCAGCUGUUUCACCACAGGCACCACCACUCGAAGCACCAGCUAUAGUACCACUGCACUUCGAUCACCAUCAGGAACUGAUUCGUGACGAUAUUAUAAGAAGAAUUUUACCACGUAGACCAGUAGUGCAUGUUCCUCGAGAUCUUUUUGAUAAUCUUGAUGCAGAUUAUUCAGAUGAAGAAGUUUCAUUUAACGAACAGCCUGUGGCACCAUCAGUUAAUCACGUUGAACGUGAAGAUUUGACAUUUAUACCAAUAGUAGAGGAAACAUGCUACAUAUGCCUGUACAGUCCGCCAACAGUAAUAGCUUAUCCAUGCUUACAUCAAGGCCUGUGUGGACCUUGUUAUGAAAGCUAUUCAAGAAUGCCUCCAAAUGAACACAGGCCAUAUUACCGCUGUCCACUAUGUAGAACUGGAAUUGAAAUGUACUAUAAAUUAUAAC